GGUUACGUCACGAAUAACGUACAACAUCUGGCCAAUCACGACGCUUGUUGUCUUUCAUUCAUGGGGAUUUUGGUAGGCAGCCAUAAUCUGUAUCUUUUAUGUUCGGGAGGUUAGUGGCGCUGGCGGGCGGUUGUAUUCGGUGCUGUUGUUUGUACUACUUUGUGUUCUGUUAUUGCCUUAAACUUCACAGUGUCUGAGAAAUUUUAAUAUCUCAUCUUGAGUCAGCUAAGCUUUCAGGGCUCAGCCAUGGAACUGGACCUAUACAGCGACUACAGCAGUUUGGAGGACCAGGACUUCUAUGCCUCGUCCUACAGUCCGGAGCAACGCCUGGCCAAGAGUUACGAUGUAGCAGCUACUGUGAGGAUGAUCAAACAAGAGAGCGUCGACGAGAGGUCGGACGCCGAGUGCGGCACAGUCAGCGUGAAGCAGGAGCUGAGCGACGACUCAUGCGUGCCGGCCAGCGGCGUGCGGUCGCGGGGGUCCAUGCAGAAGGUGCCGUCCCUCAGCGACCUCUCCGACCCGGAGAGCUCCCUAGACAUCCCGACCCAGGUGCCGCCACUCACGCCCGGCACCAACAAGAAGAUGACGGAGGCGCUCAAGGCGUCCUUCGCCUCCUGGGAGAAGGAGCAGCUCCGGCUCAACAUCGUCAAGGACCCGCGGCAGUGGACGGAGACGCACGUGGCGCACUGGCUGUGCUGGGCGAUACGGGAGUUCUCGCUGGAGGGCGUGACGCUCAACCAGUUCCACAUGCGCGGCAAGGACAUCUGCGCCAUGGGCAAGGAGGCCUUCCUGACGCGCGCGCCGCCCUUCAUGGGCGACAUACUCUGGGAGCACCUCGAGAUACUGCAGAAAGACGUGGAGAAGGAAAGAGCCGCGCUGGAGAACAUGCCGCCCAACCUGUACGACGCCGUGAGCGUCCCGGACCUGAGCGACUUCCUGGGCGCCUACCACCACGUGGACCACAAGCCGCCCGGCGCCGCGCACAACAACAACAGCAGCCACAACAACAACAACACGGCGCCGGCGCCGCCGCCCCCGCACGCCGCCUUCCUGCACGACGGCGGGUUCGGCGGCCACCUGCGCAGCCCCGUGUGCGACCCCCGGGGCGAGGGCGGCUCCGACUGCCGCGACGACGGCUCUCCGCCCCCGCAGGCGCCCGCCGCCGGCUACAUCCACCUCCGCAGCCCCGUCUACCUGCUCAAGGAAGAGAGAGGGGUGUACGGCGGGCCGCUGGGGGAGGCGGCGCCGCCCCCGCUGGCCGGGUCGUCGGGCGACGAGCCGCCCGUGGGCUACGCGCCGCCCCCGCCGCCGCCGCCGCCGGCGCACUACGACCACGAGCACGAGUACCACCCGCUGGAUGCCGCCCACCACCACUCGCCCUACCUGGACGGCUCGCCCGAGUUCUACACCUCGCACUACGUCAAGAGCUACGCCCGGGGUCGGUACCCGCACCCCCACGAGCCGUACGGGGACGCGUACAGCUCGCACUACGACGCGUCGCCCUUCCAGACGGUCCCCAACGGCGGGGCGGACCACUGGAGCCCCGGGCCCGAGCUGGGGUCCGGGGGCCACCCGCACCCGCACCCGGCCUUCCUGGCGUCCGCCCCCGCGCGCGAGCCGCUCGCGCACCCGCCCACCCCCAACGGCGACUCCAAGCCGCUGCUGCAGUCGUCCAUGCUCGCCGGCUACUCGGGUCUUGAUGAAAAUGGAAUUAAUAAUGGUGGCGGGCCGUGCUUCACGGGCUCCGGGCCCAUCCAGCUGUGGCAGUUCCUGCUCGAGCUGCUGACCGACAAGUCGUGCCAGGGCUUCAUCUCGUGGACGGGCGACGGCUGGGAGUUCAAGCUGACGGACCCCGACGAGGUGGCCCGGCGCUGGGGCAUCCGCAAGAACAAGCCUAAGAUGAACUACGAGAAGCUGAGCCGCGGCCUGCGCUACUACUACGACAAGAACAUCAUCCACAAGACGGCGGGCAAGCGCUACGUGUACCGCUUCGUGUGCGACCUGCAGAGCUUGCUGGGGUACACGCCGGAGGAAAUACACAACAUGGUGGACUUGAAGCCAGACAAGAAGGAGGACGACUGAGUCGCUUUCUUCCGAGACGGACUUCAUCUGCCGCCUGUUUUUUUAACCAGUGGCUUUGCCUCGUUUUAAGAGGUGGAGCGUUGCCAGUGGAUGCACCGCGACUGCGACUAAGAGAACUCGCCUGGGGAUUCUUUUUAUUGCGACAGCCGUCAUUUGAUGCUCUCUCCGAUAGGACGUGUCGGUGGAAAGUUUUCAUUUCUUAUUUGUUGGCGGACAGAUUGUGAAUUUAGCCGUUGUGUUUUUUUUUUUAAACCUUAAUUCGAAAUGUUACAACUGUUGUGUUUAUUACCUAAAUGUUUAAAAUUUAUGGUCACAAAUGAUGCAGUGCUUUUGACACACUUUCGGCACUGUGCGCAUUGUGUGUCCAUUGAGCAAAUAAUCGAACGUUAGUCGAUUUUACACUGAAGUGCCUUUGUAAAUAUUACUAUAGGAUAUUGGUACAUAUUGAGGAAAAUCACUUAAAACUCCAAUUGUGAUUUUAUACAUACUGAUAAUAGGUGCCCUUUUAUUUUAUACUUUAAAAAAUGUGCUAUGUUUUCAUAUAGAAGUGUUCUAUUUAACUAUUGUAAAAAUAAUGGUAUUUUUUGUUGUGACUGAAUGGAAAGAAAUUUUAAAGAUUUACUCUACAGUCAUUAUUUUGUACAAAUACUGUGUUGUGAAAUUUCACUCAAAAAUGUUUUCAUAUAUUUUUUAAUGUCGACUUUGUAUUACCAAGUGUUUUCUUGGAACAGGAAAUUUCUGACAAGUAACAGUAUCAUACAUGCUUGAUAAGAAAAUGUUUUUUCCAACCUCUUAUCUACAUUUAACAGUUUUAAUUGUAUAUAGUUUUUUAUUUUCAGAUCUAAUAAUAAAUUUAUUCAUACCAACAACUGAAAACAAUAUAUUGUCAUUAAAUCAUAUUAAAGAUGUUCCAUUCUAAUUCAUGAGCCUUCAUGCAAAUAUUUCUUAAUUAAGGAAAUUUUUUAGCAGUAAACUUCUUCCUUAAAGACAAUCCUACAUUAAAGUAUACUUCACCAUACUAUAAUGCAUUUAACUAUUUUGAUACCAUUUUUACAAAUAAAAGAAGCAAUUCUCAGUUUGUGGUGAAUAAUUGCAUGAGCAUGUUUGCAGUUUUUAUACAUCUUGUCAAAUUGCGCACAUUUUUGUAUAAGUUUUCAGAGUCUAAGUGUAUGGAAUUGUUGGUUUUUUGAAUACACUAGAGAAAUAAGACAUUUCCGUUCAUUGAUGACUGUUUACGAAGAAGACAACAGUUCUCAGAGGCCAUAGAAACCGACAUCAGGGUUAUGUUUUCAGUAGAGCGAAUAUCGAAGUAGAGCGCAAACAGAACUUCGCAUUACCGUGCCUGCAAAUACAUGAGACAGCCAUUUACUAAUCAGCAUCAAGUAUCAAGUAUUUGGGUUGGGAAAAAAAGGUAGGAAACGGUUUUCCAUGUAAACAAACUAUAGCAACACAACUCAACCUGAAUGUCAGAACUGCUUGUGAAGUCACUUUUUCAUCUUAUAUUCUCAUUUACUCUCAAUAAAAGAUGCCUACAAACACUAUGCAUAAAGGAAACUAGAAAUACCGUAAUUAUUCAAAGUUUGGCUUGGAAUUUACAAAUGCGUACCUAUCUUUUGUAGGUACCGUGACGAAUAUCUUGGCAUGAAACGUAGUAGCACCAACUCGCUCUAUAUCUUUAUUCACUCUACAAUGUUUUCGAUUGUUGAUUUGGUAUUAUGACACAGUAAGGUAAACACGAAAUGAAUGCAAAUUGUUUCAGCUAUGCUUGAACCAAAAACUAUGUGUAAAUCUAAAGCUGUCUGAGUGAGAGUACGUUUCAGUUAAUGGUUGUGUGGUUGGAAAAUUUUUAGUUGUUCAUGUUUCUGUAAAAUAAUUAUUUUUAUACGAGGGCUGUUAUUUAUUCACAUUAUGUAAUGAUGAAGAAGAAAGUGCUUUUAAUGUGCUUUUCAGGAAUUCUUCCGUAAACUAAAGAAAUGAAAAUUUUGUAAUUAUAGUUUAAUUUUCUUCUAAAAGUUUUGUAUGUAGCCAUAUAAAAAUUGCUGGGUAAAAAUAAACAUGUAUGGAAAUAAUUAUGUUUUCUCAGGAUGGAAUCAUUGUAACCACUAAGAAGGCAAAAGUAACUUUGAAAAAAAAAAAAUUUGGGAUACUUUUUUAACACCAAGUGUUAUAUUAUUAUAUCUGAUAUUCACUCCAAUGACACAUCCAUAUUCAUAAAAACCUGCUUAACUGACGUCGCCAAAUAAAAAUGUAACUACUUGGGUUUGGUAUAAAAUCUUUUGAGGCAGGUUUAAUAAUUUUUAUCACAUGUAGUAUUUUUUAAUGAAAUUAAUUUUAUAUAGAGUUAUGCUAUCAAAACAUUAACUGUUCAGUAUUUAGAAGGAAAAAAAAUAUUUUUCAGUAUUGGUUUGUACUGCUAUAAAAAAAAAAUAAUUUUAAAAACUUUGUUGCUUUGUUGUCAGGAGUUAUUUCCUAAAGGACAGGCAUAACAAUCAAUUUUGUUUCAUCUCGCUUCAGUUCUUUUUGAAAAUAUAGUAAGGCAAAACUUACCUACAUUAUAAAUGACAUUUAUUAAUCUGCCUUUGCUUGUAUUUCCUAUGUUUGAAUUUCAAACAACGAAUUAACUGUAGUCAUGCAGAAAUUUAAUUUGGACAAAAGUAAUAAUUUAGGUUUAGCUAGCUAGAAAAAGAAUUAUUUUAUACACUAAUUUUUCAGUGACCAUCAUUUGGAAUUUUGGGAUUUCAUCCAUCUGUAAAGCGUACCUUUGCUCAGCAUUUUACUCAGCAAUAGAAAUGCUUGUUUAUAUGUUUCAGGAAAUUGCAUUGCAACAACAGUUGUCUUUUUUGUUUUAUAUGUCAUGUGAUGUUUAUUGAGAUAUUUUGGUUCUUAAUAUGUAAUUACAUUAUUUCUGAUGUCACAUAUGUAAAGUUGAAUGUAACAUUUGAUAUUACAUUGUAAUCAUUUGGAUGUGAGUUCACUGUUUGCCCGUCACUAUAUUUUCUUGUUUGGUUUUAGUAGAUAAAAUUACUUUUAGUCACAGCCCAGAACUAUUAAUGCCUGGAUAUUAGAAACAUUUGGAUAAUUUUUGAGACUUUACUUCUACUAUUGACACAAUACUGUCUCCUCAAGUAAUAUUUGUGUAGGAAAUACAAACUGUCAGCUGAACUAAAUCCUUAUUGCUUGAGCAGUUUUCAAUAAUGUACUCUACUGUACUAUUAAUUUAAAGUUUAUUCUAACUAAAGCUAUCCUUAAAGUAUGCUACAUAUUUUUCUUUAUUGAAGAACAUUAAAGAUUUUACACAGAAUAUAGUUUUGCUCUGUAUUAUGAUUCCAAUUCAUCCCAGAACUUUUUUUCAUUGAAAUUACCUAAGGUUAAAGCUGUGUGAAGUAAAGGUAAUUUUUAACUCAAGAUGUAUAUUUUAUCUCUGUGUUAAUUGUGAUAGGAUGUAAAGUGGUAAAUAUUGAUAAUCGAUGUGUUUUCGACACCAAAGGAAAGAGAGAGAUAAUGUUUUAUUAUUGGUUACGUGAAGAUUGUGUAGUGUAAGUGUUUUGAAUGAAAGACUGUUGAUUGUUUAGUUCAAAAGUUGCAAAUAAAAAAUUAUUUAAAAUUCCAAGGAAAUCUAAAACAAUUUUUUUUCUCUAUGAACCAGUCAAACCUGAAUGUUGAGAAAAAAAAUAAAUGUUUACUAAAAGGUGUAUCUGUACUUACAGAAAUAUUUUUAAGCGACUGGAUAUAAGUGUUUACACAAACACACACAUGUUGUAUGUUAUUUUCGACUGGCCUGUGUCCCUGAGUGAAAACGUUGCAGUUAUUGGGGAAAUGCUUUGUACCAAAUUGACCUGAAAGAAAAUAUAAUUAAAUAAUUAUUACAGAA